AUGCACCCGCAUACGGCAGACUCGUCCACGUCCCGUAAGCUGCAGCGUUUGAAGAACCAGCUCUACAUCAGCGAUAACUCGGAUAUCGAGAACAUCAUCGAUGACGAGGAAAACCAGUACCACCCGGCGUCUGCCGGGCCCCUAGCCCACCCGCAGAACGCAGAGGACGCAGAAUCCCGGCUGCUGUCCUCGUCUCCGCCCCUCAUGGGCCGCAGGUCGGCGCUGCCCUCCAGACACACAAGAAAGAGAAACAGAAUCGACUACAACGAGAACAAGAGGGUGCCGCUCUACGUGACCGGCUCCGCCAAGGACACAGCCACAGGCAGUCCCAACGGCCUCAGCACUGACGCUCUCAACCGACAUACAAAUGGUAAGGACACGGAGCACGAUAAGAGCAGAGACCUUUUCACCACAGAUCCCAAAAACAGUUCUUUCGCCAGCAAUGGCACCGCCAAUGGCAGCGGGGUGGCCGAUCUGCGCAACAGCAACAACAGCAAGAACAAUGGCCACACCCAGGAACACUUCAUUGACCGCAUAGACUCAGACAUCAUCGAUAUCGGCUUCCUGCGCCGAAUAGUGGAGGCAGACCUAAACAAAAAGCUGUCGGUCUUAGGUGACUCAGAGAUAGUGGUCACCACACAGCCGAUACCCCUCAAGGCAACACAGGGGAAAGAGGCGGUCGAGUCGUUCAACGACAGCUACAUCGACGAGACGUUCAACGAGCAGGACCCCGAGGCCUUCUCCGUCAGCGUCGAGGAUGAGAGCCAGAGCCUCACGGACUCAACUCCUCCCCCGCAGACAGACGAGUUCACAGACACAAUCAACGACGAAGUCAAGAGCAAAUAUGAGAAAUUGAGCAGGUGUAUUACAGACGAUAAACAGCGCCAGAUCAAAACCACCAUCAACUCAAUAGAUAAGGAAAUCAACUCGCUCAAGCUGAAAUACUCGAAUUUCAAGCACAACAUCCAAAAUCUCGAGAAGAAAACACGCCUGCACCCCGGCUCCAAACAAAGGGCAAAGACAAUCGGCACGACCGUUCGUCCGCUAAACUUCAAACCCUCAUUUUAUCCGGAACUUUUCGCAAAAAAGUUCGAAGAGACAGAGAAGAAACUCCAGGUGGAGUCAAGCUUGAUGUCAUACUUACUUGCAAAAGGCCAGACAGACAGGAGGGUGAACGCAGAGAUAAUCACCGGACGUCACAUUUCAAGCUUCAACGAAAACAGAGAAUCAAUGAAGUAUUUUCUUAGAGAAAAGAUAUGGCGUCUUGACAACGAAUUGCAGCGACGUGUUGGUGGUACCGAAAUAGUAGCAUUAGCCAAUGUGGCAGCAAUGAUGGACUGGUUGGAAACCAAUAAGCUUGUUAGUGAUGCAGAAAAGAAACUUUUUCAAGAUGAUAACGACGAUGAUGGAGAUGAAGAUGACGGCGAUGGAGAUGAAGAUGGAGAUGAAGAUAAAGGUGACGGCGAUGGAGAUAAAGAAGAGGAUAAAGAUGAAAACGAUGAAGACGAUGAAGACGAUGAAGACGAUGAAGACGAUGAAGACGAUGAGGACGAUGAGGACGAUGAGGAUGACGUUGACUACGGCAGCGAUCAAUGAUGAACACCACCCACUAUUGGGACAACUUUUCUACACAUUACAAUGCAGUAAUCUUUACUUUUAUACAGCUCUAUGUACUUAUACAAUUACCUGUUUCACUAUAACUGUGCUUACAUACUACACCCUCUGAGGUAUGAUAUGCUCGAUU